UUGGACGGGAAGGGAGAAGUGGAUAAGUCAUCGAGUCCAAUUUGUUUAGAUUUGCUAUAAAGCCGUCUAAAGGUUUAGAUUUGUUGUCAGUGUACGAAAUUAAGGCCACAAGUAGGGUGGGCGAGAACAUCAAAAAAGCUGCUACCUUGGAGCCCUGAAAGCGAUUCCAUACGCCACAGAUAGCCGGAAUUUUGGAUACCGCAUUUUUGGAGACACGGAAAUAACGAUAUAUAUAAGAGGAAAACGGGAGGGGGUUGGAUGCACCAAUAUUUUCUUGGAUGUUCCGGCCUAUGUUGUUUACAUUCGUCGGAUUGGAAUCUAUCCAUGAUUUUACGUCAGCCAGCUUUCAAAGAUUUUGGUGAGGAUUGAACACCCUCCUGGAACAAUAUGGACAGCUCUCAUGAAUCGUUGAACAAUGGUAAACCAGCCGAUCCUGCACUGCAGAUUAUACGGCAUCCUGCUUACCAAUCUCACAGCAAAUUGGUUUGGCUUGAUAUAAGAGUGUUCUAUGUCAGAAUCAGUAGUUUUAUGGUAGAUGAUUCAACCCCAGAAUGUCUGACCCUCAACCAUAUCCCUCUCAGCCCUGAUACUCUUCUUGAAGUGAAUGGUGCAAGGUGUUCUAUUUAUUCAGAAGGGUCAUCAUGCAUUCUUCGAAGGGAUAGGCUAGAUAAAAAAUCUGAAGAAGCUACAUUUGUGAGUACUGACAGUAUAAGGUUAUCAGGGAGUGUGAAAUUUGAGGUUUUCCAUAAGGAAGAUCUUGUGCUCUCUGGUGUUCUGGAGAUGUCAUGUAGUAAUGGUUUCACCUCGAAGUAUAAUGGCAAUCCUAGGAAAUGGAGCAUGAAUUGUGAAACAGUGAUGAGUGCUGGUGCAGGAUUCCUGAAGGGCAAGCAUAUAAUUAGUUCUGAGUCCUCGUCACCCACCAUUGAAGUCUAUGUUGCUGGUUGCUUCUUGGGUGCCCCAGUCAUCUUAACCAAGACUUUGCUGUUUAAUCACCGCAAGAAGCCAAACAGAAAAGUGGUGCUGGAUUCAAUUCCGGAAUAUGAUACUGCGGCAACCAACAAGGAUGAUGGAUCUAGAGCUGAUUUGCAGGUAACGGAGGACAGAAGCUAUAAACCAGAAAGUGAGGAAGAGUUAAACAAUAUGUACUGGAGACGAAUGGAAUAUAUAGAAGGUGAAGAUGGAGAAAUAUCCUGGUUCAAUGCCGGUGUGAGGGUUGGAGUUGGCAUUGGACUCGGCAUUUGUCUUGGAGUCGGAAUAGGAGUGGGUUUGCUCGUUCGCACGUACCAAGCCACCACCGGAAGCUUCAGAAGGCGGCUUAUGUAGUUCUUUUUGCGUCGCCAUUUGUUUAAAACUAAUCCAAAGGCAAACAUACGCUUGGUAUGCGAGUCUUGACUCUUCGGUGCCUAUUCUAGCUGUGAAUUUCUCUCUUUUUGUUGAAAGGGUUGGGGUUAACAUUGUAUUUUUCCAUAUACAAACACCCUUUUCAAGUUUUUUUUUUUUUUUUGGCUUUUCAUCUUUGAACGUGUUUUUGUAUUGAUAAAGAGUGUCAAGAGAUAGCAUGCCCUGUAAGCUUUAGUACUGGCACUCCAAAGAUUGUAUUAUUUUUGUAAAUAGCUUUGCCAAAUCUUGGAUUGCAAUAAGUUGCAGGCGUUUUCUGAUGAUGGUUUCUGAGUUCUGAUAAGAGCCAAGUUGGUUACCUUUGAAGCA